AUGCUGGCAGAGGUUAUGUCCACAAGAGACUUACCUGUCUCUCAAAGUGAAUCGAGUAUGCUUCUUCUCUCUACGUUACUGAUUUGCCUCGUCGGCAAAGUGAGCCCACAGGUUUAUAAUUAUGGCUAUGGUUAUGUUCCCCCUAUGAGCCCACAAGGACUUUAUGGUUAUGGUCCCCCUAUGAGCCCACAAGGACCUUAUGGUUAUGUUCCCCCUAUGAGCCCACAAGGACCUUAUGGUUAUGAUCCCGUUGUUCGGACCUAUCAGGCCAUUGACGCCAUUCAAGAGGGAACAAGAUUAGCCGGUAACGUAGUGGAAGGAGUAGCUAAUAUUAUCGGAGGUGUAGUAUCAGCGAAGGUGCAAGAUGUGGCGAUGUUCGGCCCAUCAACCUCUCAACCAAAUGUUAACCAGCAAUAAACGUGGCACAGAAUACAGCAUGAGUUGAGGUGUUGUUCAAUAAAAGCAAAUUU